AUGUCCCCGUCGGAAUGCGAGUACGGAUACAGCGGAUACGCCUAUCGACUCUGCCAGAACGGCACGCUGAGCGAAGUCCACACGGAUCGCUGCGUGCCCAAAGUCCCCGACUACCUCGCCUACUCCAAGGAGCGCUUCAUCUUCUACCGGGAUUUGCCGAGCUCCACGGGCAAGCCUUCCUUCGAGAACCUCAUCGACACGUUCUAUCUGAAGGAGGGCGACGCGCUGCCCGACGGCCUGCAGCUGAAUAACCGCACGGGCGAGAUCGAAGGCACGCCGCGGUCGCUCGUGAAGCAGAGCGUGGUGACGAUCAUCGGAGAGAACACGAAGGGCGUGACGGAGACCACCGUGGCGUUCAUGGUGCGGCUGGGCGAGUGCGAGCCCGACGGCCUGUUCAUGCGAACCACCGCUGGAACCACCGCGGUGAUCGACUGUGCGCUGAAGGGAAGCUACGUGGGAAAGCAGGAGCGGCUGUGCAAGCUGGGAGAGAACGGAGGGGAGUGGCAGAAGGCGAGCGGCGUGUGCAUGCCGGUCGCUUUGAUCGUGGUGCUGGUGGUGCUGGCAGUGAUCGUGGUACUGGUGGUUAUCGCCUUCGUGAUUCGCGUGACGUCGGGAAAGAAGUCGCAGAAGAAGUCGCUGGCGCAUAGCAAGCCCGCCGUGGACGUUUAA